AUGGCAUUAUUUAAUGAAACAUUAAAUCAUCCAGAUUUUAAUUCAUCCACUCCAAUUCAAACUAAUUUUGAGCAAGCCGAUACAAAUCAAGGUUCAGAUGCUCCAAUUCGCUCCGAAAAUUCAAAUAUUGCAGACUCUACAGAUUUAGAACCAGAAAAUCAAAACCAUCCUUCUACAAAUCAAAUGUCUAGUAAUCUAGAACAUAAGCUGGACCUUCUUGAUCAUAUUGAAAAACAAUUAUCGAAAAUGCGCUCGUUAUUGGGAAUUCUUCCUACUACAAAUGCUAUUGUUGGGCCGUCAAAACAAGUUUCAGUUAAUAGCAAGCAAAAUUCUGAAAAAAAUAAAAAAAAUCUUCCAUAA